UUGAGCUAGCCGAGCCUGAACUGGGACCAAACACGCCGCCCGCGACCCACACAAAGCCCGGGGGGUCCACGCUGGCGCUGGAGGCGAGCCGGGAGCGAGCCCGGGGCGCGGCGGGACUUGGGGCUCAGGGCUGCUACGGGACGCAGGGCUGCUAGCAGGACGCGCGACCGGGCGUGGGUUGCGAUCGCCACCCCCACGGCGGGGCCCGGGACAUUUUGGGCCCUUUGGGGCCGCAGCGAGCGGUGGGGACCAAGAUGAGCAGAGUACCCUGAGCCCAGCAACUUCGGCCCCGCCCCGCCCCCACCCGGCUGCCCUCGGCGCGUCCCUCUCCAUGUGCAGACGGCCGGCUAGGCGCUCCGGCUGGCGGCGGAUGGGUGACCUCUUCCUGGCCGGGGCGGGCUGUUCGAGGCGGCGGAGCCGGCGAUGAAGAAGAAGCAGCAGCAGCAUCCCGGCGGCGGCGCGGAUCCCUGGCCCCAUGGGGCCCCUGUGGGGGGCGCCCCUCCGUGCCUGGGCAGCUGCAAGCGCCGGAUCCCGCUGCUGCCUUUCCUGCGCUUCUCCCUCCGGGACUACGGUUUCUGCAUGGCUACCCUGCUGGUCUUCUGCCUGGGCUCCCUCUUCUACCAGCUCAGCGGGGGACCCCCUCGCUUCCUGCUCGACCUGCGGCAGUAUUUGGGAAAUUCCACUUACUUGGAUGACCAUGGACCACCUCCUAGUAAGGUCCUUCCGUUCCCCAGCCAGGUGGUGUACAACAGAGUCGGCAAGUGUGGCAGUCGCACCGUGGUCCUGCUUCUGAGAAUCUUGUCAGAGAAGCACGGCUUCAAUCUGGUCACAUCGGACAUUCACAACAAGACCCGGCUUACUAAAAAUGAACAAAUGGAACUGAUUAAGAAUAUAAGUACCGCCGAACAGCCCUAUUUAUUCACGAGACAUGUCCACUUCCUCAACUUCUCCAGGUUUGGAGGAGACCAGCCCGUCUACAUCAACAUCAUCAGAGACCCCGUCAGUAGAUUUCUAUCAAACUAUUUUUUCCGUCGCUUUGGAGAUUGGAGAGGGGAACAGAAUCACAUGAUCCGAACCCCCAGCAUGCGGCAGGAGGAGCGCUACCUGGACAUCAAUGAGUGCAUUCUGGAAAACUACCCCGAGUGUUCCAACCCCAGGUUAUUUUACAUCAUCCCAUAUUUCUGUGGACAGCACCCCAGAUGUAGGGAGCCCGGCGAGUGGGCGCUGGAGCGGGCCAAGCUGAACGUGAACGAAAACUUCCUGCUUGUGGGGAUACUGGAGGAGCUGGAAGACGUGCUGCUUUUACUGGAAAGAUUUUUACCUCAUUACUUCAAGGGUGUGCUGAGCAUCUACAAGGACCCAGAGCACAGGAAACUUGGCAACAUGACUGUGACCGUGAGGAAAACUGUCCCCUCCCCCGAGGCGGUACAGAUUCUCUACCAGAGAAUGAGAUAUGAGUACGAGUUCUACCACUAUGUCAAAGAACAGUUCCACCUGCUCAAGCGCAAGCUCGGACUGAAGUCUCGCGCGAGCAGACCUCCCCUGAGACCACAGUUCUUCAUCCCCACGCCUCUGGAGACGGAGGAGCCAAUCGAUGAGGAGGAGCAAGACGACGAAAAAUGGCUAGAAGAUAUUUAUAAGAGGUGAUGCCUGCACCAGAUUGCUUCUGUGGCUUCAUCCCCCUCCUUUUACAAAGUUCUUUGGGGAAAAGAAAUUCUGAAGGGACUUUCACUAAUGCUCGGGUGCAUUAAAAAGAACAAAACAUUCCCACAUGUUGGGGUCAUUGGGAGAUGCCCGGUUUUGCGGGUUUUAUUUGUUUAAUUUUAUUCUGUGUGGUUUUUCUUCUCUCCUUGAGGUGUUCCCAGAUACACUAGAUGGCUCUACCACAAGGCACCUCUUCAGAAAAUGGCCUUCCCCGGUCCCCUACCCGCCACUUUCAGUGAAAGAAGAGAGAGAGAGAGAUAUACCCUCCAUCUUAGUCAUUUUAUCAUUUGUAAAAUGGCUCCAAAAAUAUUACAUCCAUGGUAAAGAUAUCCAGACGUGUAUCUUGUAGAAACGACCAUCUCAGAGAGGAAGGGAUCUAGAAGCAUCUAGGAGUAGGAGGAGGACAAGAGGGAGGAAUCCACUGGUUCUGGGGUCUCUGCCCCCCACCCCCACCUCACCCGGUCGGUAGAAUGCUGCCUCUCUCAAGGCGACACUGUCACCAAGAACAUAGUACUUAUCUCUGAGAGAACAAGUCAGUGUCCAGCACCCACCUUCUCAACAAAUCAGAGCUAGGGAAGCUUGCCGAGAUCAAGCUGUGCGCACCGUAAGCUCCACUGAGAACUUCCAUUCCCAAGUAUCGCUCUGCUCGGAAGGCAUACUCGGGAAGGCGUCAGCUUGUUAUGUCAAGUGCUGGCAGGGCAGAUCAAACGUAAGGACCUCGCUGUUGCACGUGCAAGUGCCAGAAACUGACUGACUUCUGACCUUGAUAUGUGUGGCAGGAAUCCUUAGCUGGAUUGCACACCGUGUGCGGUCCCGAAAGCACACUCAUAGCCAAUGGGGUUCUGCAGAACUUGCCAUCUUUCAUUCCUUUUAGACCUGCAGGAGCUGUUGUGUUUGUUAACUAAGGGCUCCAAGUCCUGCCUUAGCAACAGUAGAACCAUUUUCUUAUAGAACCUGUUUGCCCCCAUAACCCUUCCCAGGGACACCAGUGCCAGAGACCUCAAUGCCACAAAUGGUGCCUGGGCAGGACUCUGCUUGGCUAGGAUAGAGUAGGUUGGUGUCCCAACAUGAUCUGAGUAAACACUGGGCAAUUCUUUUGCACCAAAAUAGUCCUUGCAUCUAUUUACUCCUGACACCUCUCCACUACCCAUGAUGCUCUGCUCCUUUAAUUACUGAAUUGUGUCUUUUUUUUUCUAAAGUCAUGAAAAAUUUAAAAUUUCAUAUUCUUACUGGUUGAUAGAAUGCAACUAGAGAAGCCAGACUGCAGUGGUGGCAGCGGGAAGGACAUUUGGCGACAACUUGUGUCUGCCUGGGGUUUACCCUAGAGACUGCCAUUGAAGAACACUAGCUAAGUGACUUAGAAGUGCUUAAGGUAAACAAGACUCUGGCUUGGCACACCAGGCACACAGUUUGUACUUUGCAGAAACCAUCAAGUCUCUCUAGAAUUUUUUUCUUCUUCCUUCACUAAAACUGGACACUGGCCAAGGUCUAAAGCCCGUCAUCUGAAAAACUGUCCGGUCUGUGCUGAAGCUCCUUCAUCAUGAAAUACAUUAAGACAGGUCCCUGCUCAAAGGGAAGGCAGGGACCACAGAGGUAGAGAAGUCUAGCCCUGGCCAUUCAUGGGCCUCCUUUCUGCCUCAGGGAACUGGGACAGGAAGUGGAUAAGGGGGCUGUUCAAAGAGGGGGAAAUAGCCUUUGUCCUGUUGAGAGAGAGCUGGGCUUUUCCAUUAAUCAGACUUUGAAGAGCAACAUAGAAAACACUUGCUACCAUUCUCCAACCAAGUAUGAGGACUGCAGUUUGGGGCUUUGUAAGUCAUCUCCAUGGUAGUACGGACACAGUGAUGGGGAUGCUAGCUGACUGAGAUCCCACAGUCAAAGAUAAAGCUGCGUUAGCUAGGCUUUCUCGGCUGUUGUCCAAACGUCGGGACAGCUGGUCACUCAUAAAGGUCCCCUGCUUUCUAGAAGUGCGCACAGCACUUGCUGUGUGUUCAGAUUGCCACCCAUGGCCACUGUCACACCACGGGAGAAGGGGUUGGCUGACUGGUUGCAGGACCCUCCUGGAAUCUUGGCCUAGCACACUGCCCCUACACCCUAAAAGAGUCAAAGUACUUCAUCAGCUCGCUUGGGCCCUGGCCCAUCAUAGUUUGUACUUCAUGAAAUAUAUUGUACAUUUUACAUAGUUUAAUUUAAAAAGAAAAUACAUUUUAAGCUAGUUGGUCCUCGCCUUAUUUAUUAUAACCUUUCAGCACAUUCCAAGGUUUUAGUUACUCAGGAAGGAGUUAAUUAAAAUGAUUUUAUUUUGGUUGGAUGGGUGUUUUUUUAAAGGAAAAAAUAUUCUCAUGAACCCUCGGCUGGCUCUCCUUGAAUGCUGUAAAGUGCUCGUGAGUCUGUUUUUUUUUUUUUUUUUUAAGUAUUAAAAAAUGGUGUUUGACAUUGAUGGGAGUUCAAAAAUAUAUAUGGAACUAAAGCAUUAGUUUAGCUAUAAUACAAACCAAUCUGUGUCUGAGGUGGUGUUCCUUAAUUUAUUCAUUACCCAUAGAAAUAAAUGAAUAUAUAAAUAAGUUGACCUUUUUUUUUUUCUGUUAUUUUGGUAGCUGGAAAUUAAAGACUUCCCUCCUUCUUCAAG